AAGGUGUGAGCGAGAGCGAGAGAGAGAGAGAGAGAGAGUAGUAUUUAGGAUAUGGAAAAGAGAGUGAAGUGGUGCUCCCCAAUCUUGCUUUUCAUUCAUAAUGAAUGACAUCUAUGGCACUGUGAAUAUAAGGGGAGUGGGAAUGGAAAUGGAAAUGUGAAUGAGAAUCCUUCUCUUCUCUGCUCUUCUCCUCCCUCCCAAUAAUAUACAUACAUUUUCUCUCUUUUCUCACGUAAUUUACAUCUAUCCUUCCUUCACCCACCCCACCCCGUUGCAAAGAUCGUGAAUUUACGCAUCUGAAUCUUUGAUUUCUUGACGUCGCUCCUCCUUUGGAUUUGCAAUAUUAUUUAUUUAAUUUUUUGGUUUUCUGUUCAAAAUGAUCACCACCAUCACCAUCAUCACCCGAUGUUCAUAUGCGUUGUACCUGUGACUGUGAGGGACAUUGCCAUCAUUGCCAGCGGCGGAACCACAAAACAUCAUUACUAUAGCUUCCACGUCAUGCCGGGAGAUUUCUCGACAGAAAAUCCGACCUGUUGAAUCCGUCGAAAGUCGUCUGCCUGCCUGCCUGCGAUUGAUGAUCUGAGAAACCGCACCGCCGCGCCGGUCUCUAAUGGCUGCCAGGAUUGGACCUUUGAGCGAGGAAAGCAAAUCUUUGCUUUCGAGGCAAUAUUAUUCGGAUGAUGGGGAAUCAGGCGAUUCUUUCAUCGUCGAAGAGGGGUGCUGCCGUCGAGCUAUCCGGAGCACGGAGGAGUGCCUUUCCAGGUGGUGGGACACUGUGAAAGGAGCUGCAGUCAAAUCAUACGAAAUGGGAAGGUCGGACCCCAGGAAGGUGAUAUUUGCAGUGAAAAAUGGCGGUGCUUUGGCCCUGGUUUCAGUGCUCAUCCUUUUCAAAGUGCCCUUGAGCUACACCGGCCAGUACUCCAUCUGGGCUCUCCUCACCGUCGUUGUGGUCUUUGAGUUCAGCAUCGGGGCUACCCUGAAUAAAGGGUUCAACCGCGCACUGGGGACCUUUUCUGCUGGAACCCUGGCUCUGGGGAUUGCACAGCUGUCUAUGAUGGUUGGACCUCUACAAGAAAUUUUCAUUGUCCUUAACAUUUUCGUCGCAGGGUUCUUGGCUAGUUAUUUGAAGCUGUAUCCAGCAAUGAAGCAGUACGAGUACGGGUUCCGGGUGUUCAUGCUGACAUUCUGCAUUGUGCUGGUGUCGGGAACUUCACAUUUCUUCCAAAGGGCUAUAUCCAGGCUGAUGCUAAUUGGUGUCGGGGCUAGUGUGUGCUUGGUUGUGAACAUAUGCAUUUAUCCCAUCUGGGCUGGAGAGGAUUUGCAUAAACUAGUCGUCAAGAAUUUCAAGGGAGUCGCUGCUUCUCUAGAAGGGUGUGUGACCACAUACUUGCAGUGCAUUGAAUACACCAGAAUCCCUUCCAAGAUCUUGGUGUACCAGGCCUUCGACGACCCUGUGUACAAGGGGUAUCGAGCUGCAGUCGAGUCCACAAGCCAGGAGGAUGCCCUGCUUGGGUUUGCUGUGUGGGAACCUCCUCAUGGGCGGUACAAGAUGUUCAAGUAUCCAUGGAGCGAGUACGUGAAGCUCAGCGGCGCCCUGCGCCAUUGCGCAUUCAUGGUCAUGGCAAUGCACGGUUGCAUCCUCGCCGAAAUCCAGGCCACAUCCGAGCUGCGGCAAGUCUUCAAGAAAGAGAUCCAGAGAGUCGGGACAGCAGGUGCUCAGGUGCUGCGACUCCUCGGGGACAAAGUUGAAAGGAUGGAAAAGCUCCCCCCGGGGGAUCUGCUCCACGACAUCCACGAGGCUGCCGAGGAUCUGCAGCUGCUCAUCGACCAGAAAUCAUAUCUCCUGGUGAAUGCCGAGAGCUGGGAGAGCGACAAGCGCCCCGCCAAGUUUGCGGAUCCAGAAGCACUGCAGGAACUCAAGGACGGUGACUACCGCCCCAUGCUGAUAAAUUCCCUGGCUGAGUCGGGGCAGCAGAGGUCGACGCCCAGGCUGCUGCGCAACCACGACCUCCAUCAUAAUAAUAAUAAUCCGAGCAUGAGCAUCAAUUCGUCGUCGCAGUGGGGCUCAUCCUCUGGGGAUGACAUGCUGAGGCAGCAGACAAUGUGGCCGUCGAGGCUGUCCCUGGUUGGAGAAAACUUUGUCCCGUCCAACGCACGAGAGGCGCAGACAUACGAAAGUGCCAGUGCACUGUCCCUGGCAAAUUAUACAUCGUUGCUGAUAGAGUUUGUGGCGAGGCUGCAGAACCUUGUGAACUCGUUUCAAGAAGUGAGCGAGAAAGCAAAGUUCAAGGACCCCCCUGAACCUGCAGCUGCAGCUGAAGAAGAUUCUUCUUCUGAACCGAUCUGGUAGGUAGGUGAAGGAAGGAAGGAAGAAAGAAAGAAAGGGAGGUUCUUCUUACAUGCAUUUUGUUACUGUUAGGCUUGUUUCCUUGAUUGAUUAUCUCUGUCUGCCAUCUUAAUAAGAGGAAGAAUACAAUAAAUAUAAUAAUAACAAGUAGAGGAGGGCAUAGUCAAUAGUCAAUAGUCAAUAGUCAUGGCGGGUGGUGGUGGUGGUGUUGUAUAGUUGCUCUCUGAAUUUGAUUUAUUUUCUUGACUCGAAAGGAAUAGGAAUAGGAAUAGGAAUGAGAGGAACAAUUUUGGUCCAUGCUGAUUGGCUGACUAUGAGAGAGAGAGAUGUCUCUGUUUUUUUCUGUAUCUGUCUGGAAUGGAAUUUGUUUUGUUUUGUUUUGAUGCAAGUAAGGUUGUAAAUUGUAAUGGUUGGUGUGCGUGUGAAG